GCUCCGGGCGAACCUGCACAGACGCACGUCUGGGAGACACGAGCGACGCACGGACGGACUAACUCACUCACUAACAGCAAACAUGAAGAGGAACCACGACUUCAGCUCCUCGGACAGCGAGCUGGACGAAACCAUCGAGGUGGAGAAGGAGAGCGCGGAUGAGAAUGGGAACAUGAGCUCUCCUCGGGGCUCCAUGUCUCCCUCCACAUCCACUCAGGUGCAGGCGAGGAAACGGCGGCGAGGAAUAAUUGAGAAACGGCGCCGUGACCGAAUAAACAACAGCCUGAGCGAGCUGCGCAGGCUGGUUCCCAGCGCCUACGAGAAGCAGGGUUCAGCCAAGCUGGAGAAAGCAGAGAUUCUGCAGAUGACUGUUGAUCAUCUGAAGAUGCUUCAUGCAGCUGGAGGCAAAGGUUACUUUGACGCCCACGCCCUAGCCAUGGACUACCGUGGUCUGGGUUUCAGGGAGUGCCUGGCGGAGACGGCCCGCUACCUGAGCAUAAUCGAGGGCUUAGACAGCACAGACCCUCUCCGGAUGCGUUUGGUGUCCCACCUCAACAACUACGCCAGCCAGCGAGAGGCUCACUCCGGCCUCAGUCACCUGGCGUGGGGCUCUGCUUUCGGAUCCCCUCCCGCCCACCUGACGCACCCCCUCCUCCUGCAGCAGAAAGCCGGGGCUCCUCUGGCCCCCCUGCCCCGCAGCACCACCAGCAGCCCACAGAACCCUCUGUCGUCCACGUCGGGCUCGUCUCCCUCCUCUUCUUCCGCCUCGUCUUCGUCAUCUUCGUUGGAGAGUCACGUCCCGGGGAGGCACAGCGGCCGAGCCACCCCACACUCGGAUCAAGGUCCGAUCCGGGUUCCCUCCACCACGGCGGCCACCGCCACAGUCCUGCACCCGGCGCUGGUCCCGUCAUCCGCAUCCAAGCUCUCCCCGCCGCUCCUCUCCUCUCUCUCAGCGUUCCCCUUUGCCUUCAGCGCCUUCCCCAUUAUCUCCCCCUCCGCCGCCCUCAGUCCCCCGGGCCAGACCUCCGGCGUGGGGAAACCCUACAGACCCUGGGGCAUGGAGAUAGGAGCAUUCUGACUAAAAUAACAAGAAGAAACGCAACACCAUCGUCUAAUAGACUCAACCCACCUACCAGCUGAGCUGGACUCAAGGACAAGACUUUAUUUUCCUUGUUAAGAAAGUGCUAUUUUUUUGCUAUGAUGUUGACAUCCCACGGAGGAUAAUUAUAUCUUUUUUUUUUUUGUACAGAAAGAGAAUCAGUGGGGAAGGAGACCGCGACUAAAAAGCAGCAGAAGUGAUUUAAUGUGUUGAUUGACCUCGGUUCCUGCUCACCCCUUUAGAAGUUUCACCCACAUUAGCCGGCGUGUCGGGGAUGGCUUUUCCAGAUGGUCAAGCAAGUUCUUGGGCGAAAGUGCCCGACCCCCACCCAAACCUUUUUGUUUCCCAGAAACACCAAAACCAAGUGUUGGUGCCCUGAUUACAGCGGGGAGGGGAGGGGAGGUCUGAGUCGGAAUAACUGAAACCAGGUGUUUUGUGUGACUAAAUCCUGAACACAGAAGUUAGUUUCCAGCUUGGUUGAACUAAUCAUUUAGUGCUCCGUCGCAGGAGCUCGUGUCUGCGACUAAUGUUGCCUCUGUACAGUAAAUUAUGCCCUUUUCAGCCAAUGUAUCACAUAGGGUUUUCCUUUUUUUCUGUUGUAAAUGAUGUUAGGUUGGUUUUCAUCACCUCUUGUUAUCGUCAUGUACUCGUUCAACGUUGCGGUUGUCGGCCAGCGGGCGCCAAGAUGAGCUCCAUCAAUCAAAGCACCAAAACAAGGCAAAGCAAUUAUACCAACAACCUUUUAUAAAAACAAUCAGCACAUCAUUCCCACCUGCUACUUUGGGUUCUCCUAAUGAAAGUCACUGCAGAUUUGUAUAUUUUACAGUUGUACAAAGCAUAAACAAGCUCUGAAAAUGUGAUUCUCUGCUGUUUAAAGUUGUUGCUGGUGUUAAAAGCAACAUUCCUGUAAUAAAGGAGUUCUAAAUAAUCA